AUGGAAUGUUAUCGUAAAGUGGCGAACAUAUCAAAGUUGGAGAAGGCUGAAAGGAAUCCCAAGAACGAAAUACAACCAGCAUCAGAGAGCAAUAUGGAAAGUGAAGUUAGUGAACUGUGAACCAGCUGCUAAAUACAUUCAUGUAUCCCAAAGGUGUCCUAGCCAGGAAAAACAGGAUGAUUUGUUACAAGGCACAGUUAUUGGUAGUUCCAGAUGCAGGAGAAACAUUUUGCCUGCCAAAUGCAUAAUAUGCAAAGAGUCAACAGCAUGGGGUAAAUGUGAAGUAAGUGUUUAAAUAUUGAUGUUUAUUUCGUUUUUUAUGUUCAAUAUUUCUUGCUGUUUAUGUUCACAGUUGUACUGUACUGCUGUAUAAUGUGUGUAUGCUGUGUGUAUGCUGUGAGCCUAGAGGCAAAGGUUUCCAUCAGGUAACUAAUCCACUAAUGCUUAUCAGCUUAUAUCAGAUUAUUAAAUCCUACUUUCAGACAACACAAAAAAAGAACAUUACUGCCACUGCGAAAGGCCGAAACAGCUACUGCUUGGAAAUAGAGAAGCAGCUCUUAGAAGAAAUGAUGAACACUUGUUGGUUCAUUUUAGAGACUUGGACGGCUCUGUAAUUGAGGUCAGAUAUCAUGAUAAAUGUUUCAAGGCAUACACCAACCCUGUAUUUUAUAACAGUAAGACAGAUGGUUGAAGCAGGGUACUAUAUAAAGAUUCCUUUGAUACAUUUUGUGAGAAAUAUGUGGAACAGAAAUACAUACUAGACAAAAAAUCAAGUUUAUGAAUGAUUUGUUUAAAGUGUUUGUACAAAUGGUUCAUGAUGUUGAAAAGAUGCAUCUUUGUGACUUCGUACAAAAAAGCGAGAUUGAAAGAUAGACUUAAACAAAGAUUUCCCCAGUUAAUUUUUCAUCAACCCCAAAGACAAAAUACCAGUGAAAUUGUCCUUGUGCAGGAUCUGUCAUCUGGUGACAUUGCAGAAAGUCAUGUGCAAAUGAAAAAUGAUCUUGACUUAGGCAAUUCAACUGAAGAAUUUCAAGAUUCUUGUGAUAAUAAAUUUCCUGACCCUCAGCAAGAUGAACAGAGAAUACCAUUUAAUUUCUUUUAUGACACAGCUCUUGAAUUAAGGCAUUUAGUAAAAGAUGAUCCUGGAUUUGAUUCAUCUGGCCACCAUUAUCAGUGGAGAUAA